UUUUACCAACUGACUAUAAAAAACAGUAGGGUCAAUACCUAUUUUGUAGAUAGUGUCUGGUUACCUAAACCAAGAUGUAUUUUUUAGUCUUUAAUUGUGCCAACCAGCCUGAUAACUGCCCUGAUAACUUACAUACUAAGUACUCUCCGACCCGCGGGAGUUGAAAUUUAAGUAUCGUGACAAUACAAUUUUAUAUAUUUUUAUCUUAUAAAACUGAAUUCUGUUUGUUUAAAUGAUUUUUUUUUAUAUCAUUCAUUAUGCCUAAAACUAGAAGUUAAAAGCCUAAUGAUGAUGAAUAGGUGAAAAGUUUAGCUUCAAUUAAUAGAUCAAAUGACUAGUCAGCCAUGGAUUUAAAAGCUUAAAUAUUCAAAAAAUAAAUAUCAACUGUAUGUAAUUAUAUAUCUGUAAAUAAACAGUCUCGUUCUAGCUUUAAAUUCAAUUUAUUAAAAAACAUAAUAUUCAAUCAUGGUUGGCUUGAUAUUUUAAAUGAAGGAUUAUAGAAUUACAUACAUCCUCAAAAUAGAAAAAUCAUUUCAUCAUUUUGAAUUUAAAUCUAAUUAACAGCUGAAUGACUUAACAUUUAUAAACAAAAACACCUUGUUGAAAUAUAUUCGCUAUCACACCUGUAAAAAAGACUUUUACACCAAAUUUGUGUUAAGUCUCAUUUUGUAUUCAUUGAAUGUGGGAAGGAGUGAUUUAAUCUUCUUAUCGGCUACCUGACACCUUGAAUUUUUGCAGUGGGUUAAUUUUCGUCAAAAACUAUGUCAUGAUAACUCAUACAAAUAAUGGCCAAAUUUUAUUUUUUUAACUUAGGCUACGUCAAGUGUAAAGAUUUUAUUAUUUACGCAAGAGCCAUGAAAUUUUUCAUGUUCAUUUUCAAAUGUUUUUGUUGCAAUAAAUUAUUGUUUAAUACUUUUUAUGCAAAAGUUAGCCCACAUAAAUGUCAACAAUUUCACAGUAUUGUAACCUUAAGAAUUGCAGUGGCAUGGUUUAUGUAUUGGUGAUGUUUUGCUUAGGGCUGUUUAUAUUGUCAUAAGCAAAUAAUAUCAAAUGUAUAUAACAUGUAAAUGUUUGGGAGUCUGUGAAAAUAUCAUUAACAUUACAUUAAUAUACUGUGUGGACUUAUAUUAUAUAGCGGGAAUUACCAUUUACAACAUGGAUUGCUUCAGAUUUCCAAUUCAACGAGUACGAUCAUUCGAUAAAAAGUACAAGCAGCCGAGAGUUAGACCGAAAACCAUACACGGUAUGGAUGAUUUUAAGAUUGAAGAUAUCGAACAUGACAUGAAGGAGAAAAACAAGAGUGCUGAAUGCCUUCUGACCCCAAGUACACCGGAGAUAGUUUCCAUCGACACCUCAGGAACAAACUUUGAAAGGAUGCAAUCGUUCCGAAAUUCUGGACGUCGACCACAGCAGAGUAAGGAAGAAAAAGAAAAGAGGAAAAAACGUAGACGAACAGUUUCAGGUGUGCAAAAUAUCAUGAGCGAAAUUGAAAAGUUUGAUCGUAGAAAGAAACACACUGAAGGUCAAGAUCGCACAACUCCAAGGUCAUACAGUUUUGAUGAUCUCGACACUGAAGAUGAUAUCGAGAGAGAUGAAGCUAUGUUGAAGUAUCUUGAUGAAGUCGAAGGAAAGUUUGAAGAAAGAAUUGGCGAGGAGAAAGCUCAAAAACUCAGUAAAUUUUUCCCAUGUCGAAGAUCGAAAUCAUUACCAAGGUGCAUUAAGUUAAGUUCAGUGACGAGAUCAUUGUCUGCAGAUCGAAAAUCGGUGAAAGACUUUAAUUCCACAUAUGGGAGUAGCUCACUCAGUAUUCACAGUAUUGCCUCGAAUGCUUCAAGUCGACUAUCAAGAAGCACAAAAAGAUCAAGCAUGAUCGGAAAUAAGAUCAAAUCUCUAGUUACGGGUCAGAAAGAUAAACCAAAACCUAGACCAAAAUCGUUUGACAUCGAUACAUUACUAGACGCAAAAGCAAAACCUCGCAACUCUAUUGAAGAAAAGGAACGAAGUAAGAGUACCUAUAGCUUGGAAAGAAAUCACAUCCAUCGUGUACCAGAUAAUUUGUUAAGCAAAGAAUAUACAGCAAAAUCAACCUCAAAAUCAAGCUCAACCAUUGGACCAGGGUCUUACUACAGUUUUGAGAGUAACACGCUACCUCGGGUACAUUCAAAGAAGUAUGACUUCCCUUGGGAAAGUUUGCCAAAAGAUUGGACGACUUCGGUUAAACUUCGGGAAAUAUCGCAGCGACGGGCGCGUGAAGACAGACAAUCCUCUUCAGGAAACUGGAGCCAGAGUGGAACAAGCAGUAAUCGCCACUCCCUAGACUCUGACCUACGUAGCGAGGAGCCGAAGUUCACGUCUCAGUAUUCACUCGGGAAAGAUUCGGGGCGAGACUCGUUGACUUUGGAAGAAGAAACUGAUUGCGUUACUGACAGCACGAGUACAGCAGGAUACGCAGCAGACGCUCAGAGCACGAUAACCGGGGACUCAGUAUCUGUCGGCAACCCGAAAUCAGACUUCACUCAGUUGGAUACUGAAGCUUGGAUACAAAGUCUCGCGAUUCGAGCAGCAAAAAAGGAAGCCCAGGACGCGGAAAAGUUUUCAUCGCUUUCUCGACUUACGAGGCAAAAUAUUCUUGCUUUGGAUCUUAUGCUAGCUGAAAACAGCCCAAAAAAGAAAAUCGACGACGAAUGCUCCGUUUAUUCGGUUGAUCAAGAAGGUUUUUACACCUCUUUUCAUAACGAUAGCGGACUAAAACGAAGUACAAAUACAUUAAUUGACGAGGAUCAGUGUGAUAUUUCUCCAUCCAAAGAUUCAACUAGCGUUUGCAGUGGUGAAAGUGUCAUAUAUAGGUCAACUAAGGAUAAGUUUGCCGGCUUAAGAAAAGGGAAUUCAUCAAACUUUCCAAAAGUGCUAAGCAAGGUUACCCCACCCUUACCUCCGGAAAGAAUAUCAAGUAAUAGUGAUAGCUCAAACACUAAAUUAUCUCCUCCUGAACUUCAUUCCUUCCCAUCUCAGGAUUCAUCUAUUGAAUCUGAUGCUGAGGCAGUUUUCACACGAGUGCAUGACAAAACAAAUCUAUCAAGAACCGGAUUUCCGUCUCUUGUGGCUUUAUCGACUAGUGACGACGAAAGUUCACCAGAAACAAAGUUAGAAAAGCAGAAAAACAGUGCAGAGUUAUCUGACUUGCAUCACAUAGGAAGUGAUUUAGGCUUAUCCAGUAUCACGUGUGCUUCCCAAUUUUCGAACAUUUCUUUACAGAACGGAAGCUUUCUUGAUAAUCUUACAUCCUCAAGUCCAUCCUUGAAACAUUCUAAAUCAGUUUUAGAGUGUACAGACCAAGGAUACGACUCAAUACUUAAAGACGGAAACAAUACCUCAAAACCUCAAGCCAGCUACCAAUCGUGGCCAAGAACGCAUAGAAAUUAUUCAGGGAUUUUGAAAUCUACGGAAAGACCACUAGAGAGUACAAGACCUCCAAAGACAAUAAACUUUGCGCCAGUGGUGAAUUUAUUUAAAGAGGGUUAUCAAGACGCUGUUCAAGUCCCGUUACCUUCGCCAACAAACUCCUCAGCAAGUGAAAGUAACGUCUCUUUGUCGCAGCCUCCAAGACUCAGCUCAUUUAAAUCUGCAACUGGGGUCGAUCAGAGUUACAAUCUUGCUGUUCCAGUUAAUGAAAAAGCAAAAUCUAGGUCUACCAAAAAGCAGCCUGAUUUGCCGCUAAAAUAUCAGCCUGUCAUAACAGUAACCCCAAGAGCGCGUUCUCGAUCUGGUGAACGAAAAAGCUCAAACCAGUCCGGAAAUCAAAGAAAAGACCAAUCUUCCCGCCCUGUGAUUUAUGCAACAGCUACAAAACCUACAGCCCAGUCUACUCCGCAUGUUCAACAAAAUCAGAGAUCAAGUGGAAACAAAACAUCGCCAAAUUUGUAUGCUGUGAGUCCUGUUAUGGCACCAAAAGAGCCGAGUAGGCAAAAUUCCACUACCUCCACUAAUUCCAAUGGCUCAAACUAUAUGGACAUGCAAUCAUUGAAAUCUGCUGACAGUUUCAAUUCUUUAGCAUCUGCAGACUGUAUGAACUUUAAUGGAAAUGGUAACUAUAUGACGAUGUCAAGUCCAAGUGUUUCGCCAAAUUUAUCAAACAUGGAUUUCUCGAUCUCCAGUACCCCAUCAGGUUCUAUGGAUUCCCUGCUUGAUAUGCGUAAAACCCCAACAAACGAACUUGAAAAUGAUACAUACCAAAUAAAUACGAACUUACACACUAAUAGGAGUAAUGGUUAUAAUUGCAAUGGAAGUGAAGGGAAUAGAGUCGAAACAGUGCCUAUCGUGACCCAGAUGAAUCCUAACAGUGCUCAUGUGAAUGGUUAUAGUGAACAAUCUAGCCAAUCAUUUACGAGGUUUAGGACACCUGACACAUCAUAUACAUCAUCGAUGGCCACCCCAGGUAGAAGGUCAUUGGAUUCAACAGAUAGUGACCUAACGCGAGUUACACAAAUGACAUUUGACUCGUCUAGCAAUACCACUAUGACUCCGUUAUCGCACGACCAUACACCAGGGUCUCGCAAUGGGACUCCAGUCAAUGAAUUGAGACCAGCAGAAAGUUCUACCCGCCAGGCUGGUCGGCGCAGUAGAGCUGAUACAAGAAAAGAACCAUCAUACAGGAAUGUGAAUGCCACCCAUCGACGGUCGUUACCUAGUGACAUGUCAACAAGUGUUCAAGUUCGCCAUGUGCCAUUAAAUGAUAUGCCAAAGAGCGCAAAUCAAAAUCAAAGCAAUUAUUCACCUAAUAAUACAUUGUCUUCCUCAAGGUCAUAUCCGCUAGGCUUUAACUCCGUUCUUGUGUCAAACUCGGGAGGUGUUCAUGGAAACCAAAAAAGUGCAAAUAAUCCAAAGACUGGUUAUUCUAAUGGCCAAAGAACGCCCCCACCAAGUGCUAAUAAUGAUCAGUUUUCGUCACGUUCAGAUUCUUAUCGUGUUGCUAUGGGCAAUCCUAAUACUAGGACGAACUCAUAUCGAAAUGCAAUGCAUACGACUAAAAGCAUGCCAUUGUUACCAGCAACGAAACAAAGUGGUCCCUACAGAGUUGCUAUGGAUAUGAGUCCUAAUAAAGCUUUUAAUGACAUUGAUGAUGAUGUGUUAAAUAGAGCGGACUCGUACAGAAUUGCAGUACGAAAUACAAAUGGUAUUGUUCCUGAUAUGGGUGUGAAUACACCAAAUCGAUACGCAGUAAAUGGUGAUAUUCCUUCAGUUAUAAGUUCUAAGCUAGAUGCUCUUAGUAUGGAUGACAAAACGUUAAUGACUGGACGUGAUGUACGAAGAAUGGGAAUAACAGAUGUUGAUCAAGUUAAAGGUAUAAAAGCCAAACCAGUCAUGAAAGAAUCAAAAUCUGUUCCUAUUAUGCAUCAAGUCAGAAUGAGAGACCCCAAAUCACAGAGCUCAAGUCAAGUUCAGAUGAGAAAAUCUGAUUCUAAAGGACAAUCGGUAACUCAGAAUGGUCGGAUACGAAAAGUAACAACACAUGAUGUUGAUCCAAUCGAAGUCGUUCAGACGGUUGAUAAUAGUGGUGAAUCAAGGAAAACGGGGAAAAAUAAUCCUAAUCGAUCGUCAACAUAUAUUCAAUUUGAUCCUAUUUUCGAGGACACAGAAGAUUUAUAUGGUGGAAUGGACUUGUCGUCAAUGGAUUACUCAAAAAAUUUAGCCAAUACCUCAAAAUCAAAAUUAGGUCUUAUCAAUGGAACAGUAAAAGACGCUAAUGCAAAUACCGUAAAAAAUCCUAAAAAUAUCCAAUCUGGAAAAAAUAUUGAAGUUGAGGAUAAUUGGAGAUUUUCACAAGUGUAAUAGCUACUGGGUAUGUUUAAUGAGGAUUAAACAUAGUAUGUAUUUAGUUUGUGUAUAUAUUUCUGUGUUAAGAACAUUUCUACAGUAUGUUUGUUAAGUAUAUAAGUGCUGUUUCAUUCUUAGAUCUCAAAAUUCCACGCUACAGGUACAUGUAAGAAGAAUUUUGACUUCAAAUCUUUUUAAAUACCUCUUUAAAAUUGCAAAAAUGAUUACAAAGAAAUUGAUGUGAAAUUGAUUUGCAUUAAUGUUUUAUUAAUAAUUCUGUUAAUGACUUGUUUUGUUCGCAUUGUUUCUGACAUUACUUUUUUUUUUAUCUUUUAAUUGCUUGAUUAAUUUUCCGUUCUGAAGCAAUACAUAUUAUAUCAUCAAAAUCUUCACAAAGACUCAGUUUCUGAGAAAAAGAUUUGUUUUUUUAAUUUUAAACAUGAGUGUCAACGUUAAUUUAAUGUUAUUGUCUUGUAAGUGUAUUUUAAUUACAUUUUUAAUCCCUUGAUGAAAGCGUGUUUGUAUAUGUACAAAUCUUUCUUUACAAGGAUUCUUUAAUGUUAUGUUUUGUCCUAACAUUAAUUUGUAUUUAAAAUGUUUUCUCUAUAGGGCAGCUCUUUGAUUUUGGAAAUGUAGAAAUAUUUGUGUCUGCGUCCAGAGUUUUAAUUAUACAUUACUUGAUCACGUCUUGUUAGAAAUGUAGAAUUUAGGUCUUAAAGUUUUCGUUCUUCAAAUAAGAUUUUUGUUUUAUUGUGCCAUUGGCCGUUAAUAAAUGUUAAAUUUUGAUUGCUUGUGACCCCUUAUGAUUUUGAUAUCAUUUCAAAGGGAAUUGCUGUCUGACUUACUGAUAUGUCAAAUAAAUGACCGAAAAUACAUGAUAGAUGAAGUGAUGACAGUUUGUAAUUUAAGUGAAAUAACUGAUUUUCAAUCUUUUAAUGUCAAAACAGCAUUAUUUGCAAUAUCAGUAUAAUAUUUACUUAUUUUUCAUCUAUACAUUAAACCCUUUCAUAUAAGCACCGAAAUAUCAUGGGGCGGCCAGGCAUCAUAUUUUCAAAUUAUUGUUCCUCAGAUACCUUAAAUAGGAACAACUAUUUUCUUACUGUAGUCCUUUUCUCAAUUAUAAUGCUGUUGGGAUAAACAGCAUUAACAGUGCAAAAAUAUAAUGUUAUUUAAUAGUAAUAAUUUCAUCGUGCAUCAUAUUCACAAUUUUAAAGCAAUAUUUUAUUUGUUUAAGUGUGCAUUUUAUCAAAGACUUUAUCUGUCUCUAAAUGUUUAAUAAGAAUAAUAUUAGAUUCUUAUACUUCAUGGCAGAUUUUAUUUUUCCAUGUUUAUAAUCAUACUUGUUUGUAUAAUCAUACUUUUAAUGACAUCUUCAUUCUAAACAUUCCAUUCAUGUAUAUAUUUUUUAAGUCAUGUUUUGUACAUAAACACAUUAUUUUUGUAUUUUAAGUGCUGAAGUGUGCUUCGUCUUGCAAUAAGAUUACAUUUAUUGCUGAACAUUCUUGAUUAAAAUGACAAGAAAUGCAAAAAUUAAUAAAACAUAUUUAACAUGGUUUAGGUUUUUGUAUUAAUUAUAAGCUUUAAGUUUAACUUGAUCUUGUUUUGAUGUCUUCAUGUUUCCUAACAUUUUUAUUGCUUGCUUUAAUUAAUAAAGAACAUAACAUUCCCAUUUGAAACUCCAACCAUUUUAUUUAUUAUGAUCAUCCAGACAUCUUUUAAAUAAUAAAUAUUUUUGCAGAAUAUU